AUGCACUUCUCCGCCGUCAUACUUGCAGCUCUGAGCGCCGGCGCUCAUGCCCUGCCCACCGCCGAUGCCAACAUCGGUGGCGAUCUUAGCAGCAACCUCAACAGUGGCCCCCACAAUCCCGCUAUCGGUAUCUUCUCUCACCCAAGCUGCGAAGGCAAAGAACUCCAAACACCCCUCAGCUUUCCGGCUGCCGGCUGCUAUCCGUUCGACUCCGCUUUCGAUACCGUGGGCAUCAAUUUCGGCGGCGAUGACAACUGCGGUCUCAAUGUCUACACGGACCCCAACUGUGGUAACUUUGCAACACAUACGUUGACGGGCGAUGUCAACGAGUUUACGUGCUUGAGCAUGAGCGCGAAUGGUGGGCCUUGGAGGAGUCUGGCGCCGGCUGAGUGUCACCCGGACGCGAUCACGGAUAAUCCUGGUGUACCUGAAGCUCAGGGUUGA